CACACAGCCACAGCGCGCGCCACGCCGCCACCACAAGCGCAUCGUGGAAGCUCCGUUAGAUCAGACACACACACACACACACACACCAAGAACCGCAGACCUUAAUAUUAUAUUUCCUCUUUGUUUAUUACGUGGAAGAAUUACUUUUUGCAGAGAGCUUUUGCACUCCGAUGCCAGUAAGGGGAAAACUUGAGGAAUAUGUUUAAGAUGGAAAAGACGAAUCGGUCACGGGCACCGAAACACUUGAGUCCACGCAGAAGUGGGUUGUUUGGUGAACAGUGAUCAACAGUUAGAGGUCUUGCUUUUUGCAGGUGGAAUGCCAUAAACUGAGAGAGACCGAGGCAUCAUGGACUCCUGGAUCUUCGCGUCGUCCCCUCCGAACCUGUCGGACCAUCUCAUGUAUGACAGCUUCAUGCAGGGGAACGAGUCCGACCUCCGCGGAAACUACACCGACCACAGCUUCAACCGAAUCAGCACGGUGGUCAUCACCUGCAUGUACUUCAUGGUGUGCACCAUGGGGCUCUGUGGCAACGCGCUCGUCAUCUACGUCAUCCUGCGCUACGCCAAGAUGAAGACGGUCACCAACAUCUACAUCCUCAACCUGGCUGUGGCUGACGUGCUCUUCAUGCUGGGCCUGCCGUUCAUCGCCAUCCAGUUAGCGCUGGUGCACUGGCCUUUUGGGCCUGUGCUCUGCAGGGUGGUGAUGACCGUCGACUCUCUGAACCAGUUCACCUCCAUCUUCUGCCUGAUGGUCAUGAGCAUCGACCGCUACCUGGCCGUGGUGCAUCCAAUCAGGUCCACAAAGUGGCGCAAACCUCGCAUGGCCAAAACCAUCAACAUAGCCGUGUGGGGGGUGUCGCUGAUGGUUAACCUGCCCAUCGUUAUCUACAGUGGCGUCAUCACAAAACAUGAGAGCUGCUUCUGCACCAUCGUGUGGCCUGAGCCUCAGGAAGCGUACUACACCGCGUUCAUGUUCUACACCUUCAUCCUGGGCUUCUUCCUGCCCCUCAUGGUCAUCUGCCUUUGCUACUUGUUCAUCAUCUUUAAGGUGAAGUCCUCAGGAAUCCGCGUGGGCUCCUCCAAGAGGAAGCGCUCGGAGAGGAAGGUGACUCGGAUGGUGUCCAUCGUGGUGGCGGUGUUCGUCUUCUGCUGGCUGCCGUUCUACAUCUUCAACGUCACCUCGGUCACAGGCAGCAUCAGCACCACGCCCAUCCUGAGGAGCACUUUCGCUUUUGUGGUGGUGCUGGGAUACGCCAACAGCUGCGCGAACCCCAUCCUCUACGCUUUUCUGUCGGAGAACUUCAAGAAGAGCUUCCAGAAUGUCCUCUGCCUCAAGAAGGUGGGAGGGCUGGAUGAGGUGGAGCGCAGCGACAGCCGACAGGAUAAAUCUCGCAUGAUGAAUGACCCCACGGAGACACAAAGUACUCUGCUGAAUGGCGACCUGCAGACCAGCAUCUGAGAGGACGAUGAUGGAACCUCUGCACACAGAACCCUCUGUCUCAGACUUUAUGAAUCUCCCGAGUCAAAGUGGAACUUAUUAAAGCCGGCAAAGCACUAAGAGAAGUAUAAAAACCAAAAGCUGGUUCCACAUGACUGAUUCUCUACUUUUGGCACAUUGCUGGGUUUCCCAGACUUUACUCAAACCCUGUCAAAGAUUCACACAAAUGUUUGUGCUGUGUUGUGAAUCAAACAGUGUAUUGAUUACCUGGGGGUGAGGUAAAUGUUUAAAUGAUAUCCUGGUUGGUGAGAAUGUCCUUAAGGAGAUGUUUACAGCAGUCGGCUUGUGCCAAGAUUCCUUGUUUGUUUUGUGUAUGUUUAAAAAAAACUACUACACUUCUAAUGGAACUCUUAAAAAGGCAUCAUUUGUUUCUCUUCUACAUGUUCUUUUCUUUGGAGUGCUAUGACUGUAGAUAACCGUAAAGAAUGUGAGCUAAUCAAUUCUUUCGUGUCUUAUUUAACUUGUGUGAGCAGUUUCACUUGUUAUCACGGAACUGUAUGAAAUAUAAAUGUGGUUAUAAAUGUUCGGUCAGUUUUUCGGAUGUUCAGUGCUGUGUCAUUUUCUUAAUCCGUUUGUUUCUAUGUACAUCCUUUGGGUUAUAUUAAGUUAAACGGUAAUGCGCUCAAUAAAUCAGGCCGGCCUUUAACCAUAGUGCUGCUAAGAUAAUGUUGUAUAGUACUAUAUUAUGACAUGUUCUUUAUCAUCAUGUAAUAAUUCUUCUAUCAUUUAUUUAGUAUGUUGCAGUAAUUGCUUUUGAUCAACACUGCUUUUCCACAUUAUAUAUUCUAAAUUAUUUAGCUCACAAUGUAGGAGUAGGAGCUCAGACUUCUCUUUUCCAUGUCAUGUGAAAACAUGCAUCCUGCUCACAGGCAUUAGGAGACGAUGCUCACUGUCCCCGUGAAGCAAUGGGAGAGAUUUAAGCAUAUCUUGGAGUUUGGCAAUAUUCGCUGCGCUCAAUUACCGAAAACAUCCAUCCAUUUGGCCGCGUUGGCAGCAGGCUGUUUCCCGAAAGAGAGCCACUGCUCCACACUCAGCGGUUAUCUAGUCAUUUGUGGCAUUUGUGAGACCACGUUUGGAGUGUGGUGUGUGUGACGUCGGGUGUCUGGGCGAUGUGAAAUUGUGAAGGGCUAGAACACUUACCCUCAAAAGGCUCUGGUGUUCCUUUCUCACCAUUAUCAGCAUCAUCGCUGCGCCGCUCCACUGGGAGUCCACCGUUUCAUCCUGCGCUCCCGUGACUCACCGUGUCCUGCUGUGGUCAGAUUACGAUGUUGUGUGACUUAUGGAACCUUUAUGAGCACAGCCGGUGUCCGGUUAAAACAAACAAACAAACAAGAACACAUGCAAACGAUUGCUAUUAAAACAAUAUACAUUGAACACGUCCAAACCACUUGCAUGUUGUUCUGAAUACACACAUAUAUAACCUGUUCAUGCAUGAUUUACACACACACACACACAGACACACACACAAUGGCCCCCAGCCAUGACUAAUCCAAUUCCAUAUCCAGUGUCUGUCUCCACAGCACUGUUGAAUUCGGUCUGUAACAUCUUAUUACCACUGAAAGACAUGAAACACUCAAGUGUCCCAUAUUUCCAUAGCAACAGUGAGUGUUGGGGCUGUGGUUACAUUCAUUAGCAUAAUAAUAAAAAAUAGAGAGAAUACUCUGGACAUGAAUUAUGAAUGUAGACAUUGCUCUG